UCGCCACCGAACGUUGCAAGUUUGUUUGCCAUGGAAUUGGAAUGCGAUUUGGGUGCCAUACAAAACGAGGAAUUGCUGAGGAAAAUGUGGCAGCAAUCGGAGGAUUCCGAACGUAAGAAGCAAAUUCGAACGCAUCUGUACAAGUUGCGAGAAUCGCGUCUGAGGAAUCUAUAUAGACACGAACCGGAUAUGUCGGAAUCGAAUGGCAAUACCAUGACCGGGUUCGGUAAGGAUCCAUUGGUGACCAGCCAUGGGGAUGCCCUGUUGGAUCAGAACUUCCAGAGUCUCAAGUCGAAGGAGGUACGCGAUUCGAUGAGUCCAACGCAUGAGCUCAAGUUCCAUUCGAUGACGUUGACGCAGCCGAAUACAACCGGUUGGGAUGUUCAAACCUCAUCGGAAGUUAGUCCCGAUGGCAGGGCCUAUCGUACAGAGACAUUGGCCAAGACAGAUGGUGUUGAGAAGCUCAAUGGUGGCGGCGUUGCGGAGUUCAAAGGUCGCAACGAACAACGCUCGAGUGCAUCCCAUCAGGGUGAUGACAAGAACUAUGUGAAGAAGGCCGCCGAGAGCUCCAAUACGCAUCUGCAGGAGAAGGUCGUCUUCGGUGAUGAGUCCUCGGGACGCACCGAAAUGAAGAUGAGCUCCACCACAUCCUCAUCGACAUCCAAGUUCGUUUCAUCGUCAUCGACGGUCGAGUAUGACGAGGAUGCGGCUGCAGCUCCAAAGCCACGUUAUUUGCUCGACAGCCAGCAGACGAGCAAUCGUCAGCGGGAGCAGAGGGAGCAGCGGGAGCAGAGGGAGCAGCGGGAGCAGCAGGAGCAGCUACAGCGUGAGGAGCAACGCUUCUCGGAAAGUCGUGAGCAGUCGCAGAGCACACGAAAUGUGGAGACUCAGCAGCAUUACGAGGAGAACAAGCGUUAUGUGGAUAUGGACAAGGCAUCGCCGGAAUAUCAACGACAUGUGCAGCAUCUAAUGUCACAGCCGGGCGAGAUCAUCUCCAAUACGGUGGAGUAUCCCAAGCCGAAUGUCAAGAUGAUCACCACCGUGAAGCGUCUGCCCGAUGGCACCAUUGUCAAGAACAAGCGCUACGAGACGGAGCAGCUGAAUGCCAGCACAGUCCACAAGGAUCAAGCCCAGAAUCAGCAGCAGCAACGUCGUGUGCAGGAUGUGCACCAGACGCCACCACGUGAUGUGGUCGAUAAUGUGGAGACUAUGCGACGUAACGUGGAUGCCGAAGAGCUCAUCAAACAGGAGAGCUAUUCAUCGGUGAAGAAGUCCAGUCGUCGCUUCUCCACGGAAACCACUUCGGAGACCAUCGAGGAGUACGAUGAACCGCAUCAAGCGCAGCCGCAAAAGCUGAAGGCUCCAGCGCCAGGCACUCAGGGAUUUCCGUCGGCUAGGACGCAUAAGCCCACCCAGGAGUUUCCCAACCAACGUGCAGGCACACCAUCACGUCAAUCGCCAACCACGGAUUUCUCCACCCACGGAUUUCCAUCGGUUAAGUCGAAUAAACCCACCCAGGAGUUCAUUAGCCAACGUCCCGCCACCGCCGAUGGUGGCGAGGAGAUUAUAGUGGUGAAGUCGGAAAAGAGUCGCAAUGUCAAGCAGAGCAGCACCACCGAGCGCACCACCGAAACGCAAUACGUGAGCGAUGAACAUGGUCCGGUUGCGUCCGUUGCGAUUACGGCUCCCAGUUGGGAGCAACCGGCUAGUCCACGUCGCGCUCCAGUUGAGGAUUAUAGCACACAUGGUUUUCCAUCGGCACGUGAGCCACAGUCGCGAUCACGUGCCGAUCAGCCCGAUGGCGAGGUGGUGCACCACCAGCACCACCACUCGACCACGGUGAGCCGCAAACAGAGUGCGAGCCACAAGUCCAACACGGAGCACGUUAUUGCAACGCAGCUGGAGCAGAAUGUCGAUGUGGAGCCGGAGCAAUUGCAGCCACAGCGUCGCUCGCAACCGCUGCAGUCGGCCCCACCGGCAAGUCCACGCCGUACGGACUACGGCACUCAGGGAUUUCCCUCGGCGCGCUCACCCACUCGCAGCGCUCCAGCACGCUCGCCGCUGAGCAAAUCGCCGCCUAGGAAGGCAACCACACCAGCGGCAGGUAGCCGUACACCGGUUCGCAGCACGGAGACAACAAGCACAACGAUGACACGUCGCCAGUUGCAAAAGGAGCGCGAAGUGGAUGCCGCACAUCGCGCAUUUGCCGCCUCCUUGCGUAGCAGCUCGCCGGCGGAGAGCACCAACUCGACGGGAUCGCACCACCAUCCCCAACACCAUCACCAGCAGCCGCGACGUGACAGCGGACAACAGACGCCACGGUCGAGCAUCUCAUCGAGCCGGACAUACAGACGCGAUGGACGCGAGGGUUCCCAUGAUAGUCAUGCGCCAUCGGAGUCCAGUCGCAUCAGUUCGACAACGGUGACACGACAUACGGGUGUGCCCAGCACCACUAGCACCACCAGCACCACCAAGAGUGUGGGUAAACAAGUCGUUACCAAGCUGAAGACGACACGUAACGUCCAAGGUUCUAACGAAACAAUCGAUCUUAUGCCGCAGCGUUCGCCCAAAUCGCCGACAACGAAAGCAACAACAACAACAACAUCGACAACAGCAACUACAACAAGUACUACCAAUAAGCCAGUUACACCAACAGCAGCAACAACUCCAACUCCAACUCCAACUCCAACUCCUACUCCAGUUACAGCUCCAGUUACAGCUCCAGUUUUGACUCCAACUCCGUUACCAACUCCAGUUUCAGCUCCUGAGACGUCCACAGUGACAGAUAACCAAUCACAGUAUACGUAUGCUACUACUAAGCCAGCCGAUAUAUUCUCUUUGCCAACCACUUCUCCUACAAUUAACAACAACAACAUCAACAACAACAACAACCACAACAAUGAACCAACACUAACAACAAGUCCAACAACCAACAACAAGAACAACAACAACAACAACAACAAGCACUCGUCUGAUAGCGAAAUCUUAACAAAAACAAAGCUGAGCACAAACGAUGCCAACGUUAACAAAAGCAGCAUGGAUGCCAUUAACGAGCCACCCUGUGUGCGCCGAAACUACUACAAGCUUGGUCCGUCCGAUAAGGAUGCAACCGCUGAAGCAGCAGAGAGCCAAGCCAACAUUGCCACGGCGGUGACAAGUACUGAAACCGUUGGUAAGGCAUCAAGCGCCUGCCUGCCUGCCCUCCCCUCCCCUUUGCCUUGUUCUCCACUCAACCUGUUAGCUUAUUGCCUUGACGUUGUGAUGUACUUCCCCUCAGCAGCCGCAACGCCCAAGAGUCCCAGGCCACAACAUGCACCACAUCGUUACACCCCAAGCAGCCAUAGAAAACCCUAUCACAACAGCACUACCCUAAAUCCCGAUGAGCACGUUCAUGAUAAUGAUGAUGAUGAUGAGCCCACUACGGCCAGACGUAGCUCCAAGUCGCCCAGCGUCGAGAGACGUCGAGAGACAAUGCAGCGAGAGACGACAUUUGAGACCACUGCGGUGGAGCGUGAGUUUUUGCCGGAGCAGGUGGCUCAAAUCGAUGAUCAAAUUGUUAUCGAUGAGAGCACCAUUGAGGUUAGGCAGCUUAACAUAACCAAGCCGAAAGGUGUUGAUAAGCCCAGAGAAUCGCCACGUCAGAGUCCCGAGAAGCAUUUGCCAGCGACGGUUCCCUCAAAACCUCAAGAACCGUCACGUUUCAGCAGCCCCGAGAAGCAGGUACCAGCUACAGAGAAGUCGCCACGUCAGAGUCCUGAAAGGCAGCUGCCAGAGUUAGCUCCCUGGAAGACUUCUCCCAGGGAAACACCCGAAAAGCAGCUAUCAGGGCAAGCUCCCUGGAAGACUUCUCCCAGGGAAACACCCGAGAAGCAGCAAUCAGGGCAAAUGCCAGAGUUAGCUCCCUGGAAGACUUCUCCCAGGGAAACACCCGAAAAGCAGAUAUCAGGGUUUACUCCAAAGGAAUCGCCACGUCAGAGUCCUGAAAGGCAGAUGCCAGAGUUAGCUCCCUGGAAAACUUCUCCCAAGGAAACACCCGAGAAGCAGGUAGCUACUAACGCUCCCGGUAGCCCUGAGAAGCAGCAACCAUCAACAGUUCCGUCGAAACCUAGAGAAUCUCCACGUCAGAGUCCCGAAAAGCAAUUGCCUAAAGAGAUACCGCAUCAGAGUCCUAGAGAGUCGGAACGUGCCAGUAGCCCCGUGAAACAGCAAACAGGCUUAGCUCCCUGGAAGACUUCUCCCAAGGAAACACCCGAGAAGCAGCUACCUUUUAACGCUCCCAAGGAUUCACCACGUCAAGGCAGCCCCGAGAAGCAGCUGCCCAAGGAAGUGAAGCCCAAGGAGUUACCACGUCAAAGCUCAGAAAAACAGCUGCCACUAAAACCCAGAGAUUCAACUGAACCAGAACCAAUUCCAAGUAAGCUUAAUGAUAAACCACGUCAAAGUCCAGAGAGACAAUUGCCAGGUGGAGUUCCGACAAGUCCCGACAAACAGCAACCUACACAGUUCCUAGAGGAUGCGAUCUUCAGGAGCACCGUCACUCAAAAGGUGACAAACACAACGAAGAAUCUUAACGAAGAAUUCAUAUCGAACGAACGUCACAUGCAGCCAACUCGUAAGGCUCCCGAAUAUCCAGUACCAAAAGGUCCAAGGCCCGAUAACGAUGAUAUUGAUAAGCCCCUAACGUCAGAGAUUUCAGAAACUCCUGACGGUGGUUUCAUUUCAAAAAGUCCCGAAUCGGAUGAGGAAGAAGGCGAAACUAAGCCCACUUACCGCAAAAAGGGCUUGAGUCGUCGCGAAACCUUCGAGGAUCGUUGUCGUAAGAUUUUGGGCAUGGAAGAGGAUGGCGACACCCAAGGCAACUAUGUGCCCAAACCUGAAGAUGAUGUGGAUGAUGAUGACACGGAUAGGGAUGAAAGCACUACAGUCUUGAAAGAAACUGAAACUUUUGAGUUCAAGAUCGAAGAUUGCCCCGAUGAUGACGAUGAGGAUGAUAAGCCCAGGCGAGUUACCGAAACGAUUGUGGUACGCACAAAGCCUGUCAUUAAGGUGGAGGAGCCAUUGUCAGAGCCAGAGUCUGAGGUGCACCAUCGCAGCGAGCUAACCGUGGAUGUAACAGAGUCCGAAGAAACUGAAACUUUCGAAAGCACCGAGAAAAUUGUGGGAAAAAAGACGCCCAAAGCUGGUAAACAGCCUAGGGACGAGGAUGUACCACGACCUGCAACUGGCAGAUACCCUGAGGAUGAGGUAGUAUCUUGGGAUAAGCCAAGGUCUUCUCCAAGUAAGCAUCCCAAGGAAGAUGCAGAAACCAUCACUGUGGAAGAAGAAACUACCGUCGUGACAAGGAAGCAAACCUCAAAGAAUGAGGUAGAGCCACGUCCAGCAGCUGGUAAACCAGCUUGGUCUACACCAAAACAGGAGAAGGAACCACGACCUGUAACUGGCAAAUAUCCCAAGGACAAGGUAGAGCCCCGUCCUGCAGCUGGUAAAUACCCUAACGAUGAGGUAGAGUCACGUCCUGCCGCAGGUAAACCAUCAUGGGAUGAGCCAAAGAAGUCUCCCAGCAAGCAUCCUAAGGAUGAUGCAGAGACCAUCACUGUGGAAGAAGAAACUACCGUCGUGACAACGAAGCGAACCUCAAAGGAUGAGGUAGAGCCACGUCCAGCAGCUGGUAAACCAUCUUGGUCUACACCAAAACAGGAGAAGGAACCGCGUCCUAUUUCUGGUGAAUAUCCUAAGGACAAGGUAGAGUCACGUCCUGCCGCAGGUAAGCCAUCGUGGGAAGAGCCAAGGAAGUCUCCCAACAAGCAUCCUAAGGAUGAUGCAGAAACCUUUACUGUGGAAGAAGAAACUACCGUCGUGACAACAAAGCGAGCCUCCCGUCCAGUAUCUGGUGAUUAUCCUAAGGAUGAUGUGGAACCCCGUCCUGGUAGUGGAAGAUAUCCUAAGGAUGAGGAAGAACCACGUCCUGCCGCGGGAAAACCAAGAUUUUCUCCUAGUAAAAAUCCCAAGGAUGAUGCAGAGACCAUCACUGUGGAAGAAGAAACUACCGUCGUCACAACAAAGCGAACCUCAAAGGAUGAGGUAGAGCCACGACCUGCAGCUGGUAAACCAUCUUGGUCUACACCAAAACAGGAGAAGGAACCGCGUCCUGUAUCUGAUGAAUAUCCUAAGGAUAAGGUAGAGCCCCGUCCUGCAGCUGGUAGAUACCCUAAAGAUGAGGUAGAGCCACGUCCUGAAGCGGGUAAACCAACUUGGUCUACACCAAAACAAGAAAAGGAACCAAGUUCUGCAACUAAUAGACAGCCGAAGGACAAAGCAGAGCCACGUCCUACUGGUAGACAGCCUAAGGAUGGGCUAGGACCUCGUUCGUCACCCGGCAAGCAUCCGAAGGAUGAGGCAGAGACUAUAACUGUGGAUGAGGAAACGACCAUCGUAAUAACAAAGCGUCCCUCAAAGUCACCAUCCCCGGAGAGGAGGACAUUCAAGUCGCCGUCACCCACCCGUAAGCAGCCUUUGCCCCACCCGGAAACCACACACUUUGUGACCGAGAAGAUCAUUGAUUGCAAUGGCAAAACAGUUGUGGAGAAGGUAAGCAAGACCACACGUCCCGUUGGUCCUACAGAUGGUACGAAAACAGGGCCCAAGAAGAAGCAACCGAACGACAGCGAACCAGAGGAAUCACAGCCCAAGCCGGAGUCUAAAAAGCCUCAGUCUACGAAAACAGAUACCGAACGCCGUAACUCGCGCACCACAAAGACCAGCAGCACCACAGUCAAGCAGUCUGUGAAGGAAACGCCACAAAAACCGACGAAGACUCCGCGCAAAGAGUCCUUGCCCAGACGGGAGCCUGGCAAGCGGGACAGUCUGGUAGAGGAGACUCGCACCACAACGACAACGACAACAACGCGCACAAAUCAGACGGAUAGAAAGACAAGUGAACCGUCUAUAAAGGAUCGCUUGAGGUCGUCUCCUUGCAAACAAAAGCCACAUCCUGAUGAUGUUGAUGGACAAUCCUCUUCACCGGAUACAAGUCCCAAUCGUGUGCCCAGCGAGCGUCGUCGUUCGAGCAACAUUUCAGUGCACACUGAGAUCAUCAUAGAUCACACUUCGCCGAAAACUCUGUCGCCCAGGACCGAGCGUAAGAUGACCGUGCCGGCACGUAAGCUGCCCGUAACUGAGCGCAAGGAAUCGGCGCCGGUACCACGUGUUACGCGUCGCGAUAAGGAUAAGGUGACCCGUUCUACCAGUGAAAAUGUCAUUAAGGUGGUCAAUGGCAAGCCGAAGAGCACUCCGGAAAUGAGUACAUUGAAUCCAAUCUCCGCUCAGCGACCCAACGAUCGUACCCGUCCAAGCAAGUGCUUCACUACGAAAACGAUUAAUCUCAGCGAGCAGCUAAUUAACAGCGAGGAGAUGGAGAAUGUUAUCAUUGAUAUACAGCAUGCGAAGAGCUCUCGAGAGCCAUCUCCGGAUCGUAUUGUGCCCACACCUGUGCCAGCUGAGCUGGAUACGGGUAAGCCACGUUAUCCCGAUGUGGUGCAGGAGCCGGAUGAUGAGCCGAAAAAGAAGCCGGUCAUAACCAAUAUUCCGAUCUUUGAGGAAGAGGCUAAUGCCUAUGUGGGCUGCCAGAUCUCGGAGCUACGCAAUCCCAAUGGCAUUGAGGCGGACAUUCACGACAAUCCCACGGUGGAGGCUCCCAAGAGCUUGGAUUAUCCCAGCACCACGACCACCAAUGGCAAUCCCAGCCACAGCAUCGAUGUCGAUGAGUGUCUGCUGAGUGUGCACGAGAAGGUAUCGAAAUUCACUCACACUGCGGAGCAGGUGAAGCAGCCCAAGACAUCGAUACCCUUCAGUCGCCAGUUCGAUGAGCAUGCCAAGGUCUCAGCCAGUGAUGAGUGCCUGCUGAGCAUUGACCAGAAGGUGGAUCGAUUCCUGAAGACGGCCGAGAACAUAACCAAGCAACCCAUUACACCCACUCGGGAAAUUGAACGUCCUAGCUACGCGGAUAUCGACGAGGAGCUGCGUCAGGACGAUUGCACAUUGAGUGUAUCGCAGAAGGUGCACAAGUUCAUUGACACGGCCGAGAAGUUGGCACCCACUGCACCGCAAAAGUCACCGCGACUGGUUGCCAACAUUGAGCGUCACAUUUCACGUCAAAGCGAGCCGGAAUCGGAACCACAACUCGAACAGGAAUCAGAGCCGGAGCAGCCAUCGGAUUCGGAGUUCGAGGAACAACAUACAACGACAACAGAGCGUGUGGAGCGUUUGCCGCAACCCGCAUCCGAUGAUGAUGAGCUGCAGCCCAUGUCCAAGAGCCAUACAACAGCGAUUGAGCUGAAGCGUCAAAAGGAUAUACUCAAUCGUCCCUCGGUCUUCGGACAGCGUCCAGUGGAGCGUCCAGGGGAACGCAAGCCAACUCCGUCUAAGCAACCACGUAGCAGUCCCAGCACCUCACUCAUAAUGGAGGAGCGUCGUUCGCAACGCCAUCAGACCGUGUCCAAUCCGACACGCAGCAACACUGCCCCACGCAAGCCUUCCCUGGAGAAGCAACCACGUGGCAAGCCGAACACAAGCACAACCACAAACGACACGGAGACGCGUAAGAGUAGCAUUCAGAGCACCAUCAAACGCAGAGAGCAGAUUACGCAACAGCAGUGGGUAGUCAGUGAUGUGGCUGUAGAUGUGGAGGAGGUAGGAGCCGGUAGUGCACAGCCUACAUUGCCUGGUAGACGUAUCAGUCCCACCAACAAGGCACCACUGAGCUCCAACAACGGAGUGAAGAGCCCAACUGAAGAAACUGGAUCUAAGCCCACUCCGCACAGCGCUAGUCCACGUCCCACAUCACCCGGCAGAGGCACUACCAGCACUACCGUUGUGAAAACCACAACUGAGGAGACUGGAGUGAAGUCCACUCCACGUCCCACAUCACCCGGCAGACGCACUACCAGCACUACCGUUGUGAAGACCACAACUGAGGAGACUGGAGUUAAGCCCACUUCACACAGCGCUAGUCCACGUCCCACAUCACCCGGCAGAGGCACUACCAGCACUACCGUUGUGAAAACCUCAGCUGAGGAGACUGGAGUGAAGUCCACUCCACGUUCCACAUCACCCGGCAGACGCAUCAUCAGCCCCAGCACGACCAGCAAGGCACCACUGAACUCCAGCACCGUAGUUAAAGCCAGCACUGAGCACAGCACCAUCAAGCAUACUAGCCGAACACAUAGUCCAACUAACCAACAAGCAAACACCUUGACCAACCUUGACAGCUCCCCUGAUACCCACGUUGAACCACUUUUAGACCGCAGCCGGCCAACACAGACUCCAACCGGACGCACGGUGGCUUCGCGUCGCAACAUCUUUGAAAAGCAUUCGCCUAGCCCAACGACGACAGAGCCGAAUGGACGUCGUCCCUCCUAUAUGGAGCAUACGAAGAGUUCACUCGAGCACAUACGACGCGACUCGCUGGAGAUCACCAAGACGCACUUCUCACGCAAAUCGUCCAUUGAAGAGGACACCAGCGUGGAGCCACGCAAUCCCAAUGCCGCUGUCAAGUUCGAUGUGCCCAAACGCACCACAUCCCGCUCGGAGCCCAGCGAGGACAUCGACAUUGAACAGAUCUUUGAUCUGCUGCAGCUGGAGCUACUCCUGGAGACGGUCAGCAGCUAUGAGUUGCGUCGUCGCAUACGCGCCCAAAUGCGACUCAUCAAGAAGAACAUGAUUAAUGCGGGUACUACUUCGGUAAAGCGCUCGCCGGAGCAACUGCAGCCCAGAGGCGGCAGCAGCAGCGGCUCCACGCCCAGUCGCAGUCCACUGUUGCCGCGUCGCACAGUGGAGCAGCCACGUGAACGUAGCUACAGUCCGGAUAGCAAGACUAGCCGCACGCCGGAGCAACCACUGGAGCCACGCGAUCGCAGUCGCAGUCCGGACAGCAAGAGCGUCAAGGAGCUGCGCACCAGCACCACUAGCACCACGGCUCGACGCACCGAGACGGACUGCUCGACGGGACAUGGCAAACCGCCGGUGAAACCACGCGAGCGUAGCGCCAGUCCAGCUCCAACUCGCACUCCGGUGGAUCAGCCACGUCGGCGCAGUCCAACGAGCAAGAUCACAACGCGCACCACAACAAGCAGUCCACGCAGCGUUCAAUCCUCGCCAGAUCGUCGCGCCAGCAAGCCAAGUCCCAUUUGGGCGGAUCGCAGUAAAGUGCUGCGUGGUUCCGGCUCCGCCUCGCCGACUCCGCGCAAGGGUUCAGCCUCUAGCACCAGCACCAUUAGCAGCAACAAGAUGGCCAGGACUAGCAGCAGCAUCACUAGCAGCACCAGCACCAGCACCACCAGUUCGAGCAAACGUCGCGAGGAGGAUUCCAUUACAUCCAGCUAUGGAGUUGGACCCACCGACGAGAACGGUUUGCCCCUCUUUGGCAUACGGGCGCUGAAGAAGAAGACACAGCCGACAACGUGUGAGACAAAGCAAGAAGUCACAGGUUAUGUCAUUGAGGAGCAAUUCUAUGCGGAUGACAAAUCUCCGCCGCGUCACGAACGAAAGGAAUUGAUUUAUUCGAGCAAUCCGGAGGAGUUGGUCACACUGCAGCAACAGUUGGAGCGUAAAUCCCAUGUGGAUGCCAAUACCAAGUUGCAGCGUGAAUUCAAGCAAAUCACCGGACCAAUGAAUGCCAUUGAUACCAUUCCGAAGCGUCGUGAUUCCGCCAAAGAAAUCAACGAACACUUCAUACGCAAGGAAUCCUCAGCAUCCAAUCAAUCGGAGACCCAAUCGCAAACAUUAAUCCAACACGAGUUGGCCGAUGAGGAAACGGAGGAUAGCGAAUCGAAUGAUGUGUGCAGCGUGAUUGAGGUGGAAAUGGAGCCACAGUUGCGUCAGACGAGCAGCAGCACCACCCGAACCUCCAGCUCCACUCGCUCCUUCCUCAAUACAAGCGGCGAGGAGCGUCUUGUCACCUCCGUUGAUGAUGUGCUCGAACGCAUGCGCAAUGCCGAUAAUGUGGUUGAACCUGGUGACAGCUCGGAGGAUCGCGAGGCACGUGCUUUGCUUAAUAAAUUUCUGGGUGCCAGUGUCAUAAUGCAGGGUGUGGAGAGCAUGUUGCCGGCGGGACAGCGACAACAGCAGCAAUCGAACAGGAACAGCAGCAACACCAACAGUCAAGCGGUAAAAACGACACGUAUUAGCAGCAGCUACAGCAAAACUGGCAACAGCAACAACAACACUAAUAACAACAACAACAACAACAACAGGAAGACAACAAUAACAACAACAACAUCCUCAGCACCAGUUACACGCACAACUUGUGACAUCGAGGAAAUUUGGGACGAGCAGUUACUUAGACAAUUGCUGGAACAGGCCUCCACAUACGAGGAGCGUCGCAAGAUCCGUGCACGUUUACGCGAACUUAUGGCGGAACGCGAAGAGCAGAAAAUUUUGCAGGCGAGCGGUGCAAAGGCCGCUGCCAAAGUGGAAGAAGAGGAAGAAAGCAGCGCCAGCGAGUAUGAGGAAAUAAUUGAGGAGGUAACCGACGACAGCGACGAGGAGGAGGACGAGGCGGAGACGGAGCAGAAGCAAGAAGUGGAGCAAAAACCAACAGCACAGUCCAAAUCUGUGGAGAAGAAAACGGAAAAACAGUGCGAAAAGCAGUCGGAAAGCAAAUUGGAGGCCAAGUCCAGCAAAGUGGAGCAGGUGGAGCAAAAGUUGGCCAAAGUUGAGCUAAGCAAACAGGUGGUGCAAGCAACCACAGUGGUUGACGGUCAACAGGGUGAGUCCCUGCCACAAAAGCAGUCCGAGGAAGCAGAACAGCCAGCAAAAGCAACAGCAGCAACAGAAUUAGGUGGUACCUUAAGCAAUAACGGUGGUACCAGCAGUGGUGGUACCUUUAGUAAUAGUAACAAAUUGAGCAAUAGCAAUAGUUUACAUAAGAUUAGUCCACAAAGUGUUGUUGUUGUUAGCCCGACAAAAGACAAAGAGACGACCAUGCAAGCACAACAGCAAGUGAAACGAUUGAGUGUGCCACAAAAGGAAGAUUCGGGCACCGAAAGCGGUGAAGAUUUGCGUCUGUUGGCCGCCGGUUUGCGUGAUACGCUGCAACAGCGCAGUGGCAACGCUGGCAACGAUGCAAAUCGCGGCCUACUUGAGGAAGUCACCGAUGCACUCAGCCGCCUCGAGUGCUCCCUCAAAUUGGGCCAAGAGCUGGCCGUCGACGGUGGUCAGCGUCAGGCGUUACUCAGCCUAAUUGGACGGCUUCAAAGCGGUCUGAGUGCACCCGAAAAGUUGCCGGUACUGCCGGCAACAGAUACAGACGGUCGUGACAUUGCGGACGAUCGUGAGAGUGCCGAUCAGGAGUCACUGAGCAAUCGACAGAGAUUCGCGAAGCGUCGCCAACGCAACAGUCGCCAUACGGUGGGUGUAAGUCGUGAGGAAUUGGCGGAUGCACGGCGCUACAUGGAGGAUAUGCUUAUACUCAAUCCACAGGGCAGUCAGACAAUUGUGGCACCACUUCCCCUAGAGCGCAAUGCCAGCUCCAGUGCGAUUAUUGGUGCGCCCAGCACGCAGCUCUAUCGACCCAAUCAAUUUGUGCCCAACAGCCAGCACAAAGCUCAACUUAAGCCCAGUAAUAACAACAACAAUAGAAGGCCCUUAUCGGGUGAUUAUGGCAUCAGUUACGCCAGCUAUGAGGCUGCUCCAAGCGCACUGGAAGCGAGUCAAGCAGCACGCUUCAAUGGCAGCAAAAAGCAGCUCAUGAAACGGGCCAAUACCAUUGAUAUACCCAAGGCUAAGGCCAAGUAUGGCUCGGCGGAUUGUGAUACCGACUCGGAGCUGGAGGAUCACAGUCGCAGCCAUGCUGGACCCAAUCUUGGCCUAAAGCGUGCGGUGCAAGUGAGUGUAAAGCGGCGUGUGCAACAGGUGGUACCACCGUUUGAGCCCAAAACGGAGAAUGAUCACAAGUUCCUGGCAUUCAUCAAUAAACAGAAUCAUCAGGGUGGCUUGGGCUGGGCUGGUGCACGUUCCGUGUCCAAUUGGACGCACAAGUUUGGCAAUAUCAAGCAUACGUUUGAAACGGGCGUGGCAGCGACCGUUACAAAGGGUAAACCACCGCAACCACCGACGCAUCACUAUCAGCGGGAGCAACAGCAGUUGCAGAGGGAGCGAGAGCAAUACCAACAGCAGCAGCAUGAGCAACAGUUGCUGCGGGAGCGGGAGCGUGAGCGGGAGCAACAGUUGCAGCUGCAACAGCAACAGCAACAGGCGCUGCUGGAGCGUCAGCGUCGCCAGGAGCUGGAACGGCAGCUGCGUCUGGAGCAGGAGGCGCGCUACGAGCGCGAGCAGCGCGCCAGAUUGGAGCGGGAUUACUACGAGCAACAGCUGGAGCGACAGCACUUGGAGCGACAGCAGCAACUGGAGCGACAGCGACAGCAACAGGAGCAACUGGAGCGACAGCGACGUCAGGAAAUGGAGCUGCGCAUGCAGCAGCAAAGAGAAAGGGAGCGGGAAAGAGAACGUGAACGUGAACGUGAACCGGAGCAACCAGUCAAUCAGUUUAUACACGCACCCCAAUCCGUUUUUCGACCCAUCGAUCAAGGUCAAGCGCCAGCGUCAAACAUUUACAAGCCCAUAGCACAGAAAAGCGCCAGCAGUGGGCGUGGCAAGCAACCGUAUCAGCUGCAACCACGUGCCAGCUACAGCAAUACACCGUCACCCGCUUCCACAACCGCCAACUCGCCAAUUGGUCUGCCCUGGGUGGCCAAGCCACGGGUGGAUAACAGUGACUUUAAGCGCAAGGCGCAUCACUUUGAAGAGCGCUCGCUGCGCGACAAUCUGGAGCAACAAGCACCAAGCAGUGUCCAGUAUGUGCAACGUCACAAUUCGUUGCGCUCCAAAGCGCCACCUAUGGCGCUCAGUGAGUUCAAGAAGCGACCCUCGCUGCCCAAUGCCAUGCAGCCAGAGUUGCAGCUGUAUGCAGCCACAACAACAGCAACCACAGCAGCAAUCACAGCACCACCGCCACCCACCAACAUCUCAUUUACCUAUGCAGACUAUACGCCAGCUGUGGCACGUCGUGGUGCCACGAAUUUAGGCAAUUAUCGCAGUCAACCUUGCCUGAGUAGCGCCCUGGAACCACUUACCAAUCCACUGGCUGCACCACUUGUGCUGACCAAUGCGAAUCCCACGUAUUUACCCACCCAACCAGCACAGACGACGCGUCAUUUCGAUUUUGCGAGUCCCAUCGACAGUCCGACAAGCUGUUUGACCGCACCCCUUAUGACGGACAAUACGGACGAUGAUCUUGAUCUGGAUUCGGAUCACAAUAUGCACGAAUACCGUGCGGAGAUCAAAGUGAUGCGUAAACCACGCAGUCAAACGGCCGUUACAGUGGCUGGACGUCGCACCGCUCAUGUGAGUGAUGAUGAGGUCUUUGGACGGAAUUCGAGAGCGGCCAAAUCGCUGCUCUACACGAUGAAACAGCUGGGUGGGAACGGUAGUGCAGCUGGUAGCGCAGCUGCGGUGCAGCCUUUAAACACAAGCAGUUCAUCCAGCAAACCCGGCUGUCUGUCGCCGGAUGGUCGCAUGUAUCAGGCGCCUUUGGUAGAGCCGCUUUUUCCACAGCUCAGCAAUUUUGAGGCGAAUCGCAAGCCGCAGUAUCAGCCAGUAAGUCAACCCGGCUACUCGGCUGAGGCGCAGACAAGCUAUGUGGUUACCUAUCCGCUAGAUGAUUCAGCGGAUGAGCAAGAGUCCAGUUUGAGUGUAAAUCGCAUGCGUCGCAGCUCGGAGCAUUCAAAUGCCAGCUCCAGUUUAUCCAUGACCAGCUGGACAGCAAAUCCAAUGCAUGUGCAGGCAGCAGCAACAGCAGCAGCACCAUCCAUGCCACCACCACCCGUGGAUCGCAGCAAUAAGCCGCAAUUGGCGCCAAAACCAGCAACGGUGGUAACGGUGGUACCACCACCACCACAACAACAACCACGUCCUAGGCUAAGCACUAGAAGUCAUACGAUCAGUGAGUCAAUGUUGCCUGAGACGGCAACACUGCAGCAACGUGUCAUGUCACAGCAAACGCUCAGCAACAAAAUGCAACAGCAACAGCAGCAACAAUUGCAGCUACAGCAGCAACAGUUGCAACAGGAGCUGCGUCGCAAGAGUUUGGGCAAUGUGUUGGAGCAACGUGAAAGCCAUCAGAAAUUGUACUACGAACAGCAAGAGUAUAAAUCAUCGGCACCAGCCGAUACGCCCGAUAUUGUGAAAUCAUCGCUGCCCAAGGAACAAGCGCCAUUAUUAAAGAAAUUUGGACCACCACAGCGGCAUCACUAUGUGCCCAAUGCCUAUCAGAGUCCGCAGCUGAGCAAGCAGACCAGCAGCACUCAUAGCCAGAGCACCAGCAACAUUACCACCGUCAUACAGCAGCAACACAAGCCACUCAUUGUGGAAACUCCGGCAACGCCGCAACCAGCGAAUGUGGAUCAAACGCCAGAGCAGCAAAUACCGCGAAAUAUAGUUUUUAAUAAUGUGAAUGCCUUCAGCUCGCUAAGUCGUCGGCAACACGAGGAGGAGUUGCUGCUGCAACACCAGCAGCACAGUAACAAUGUUGCUGCUGUUGCUGGCUCCAGAAUGAAUCGCUUGAGUAAAUGCGAUUCCUGGACACAGAUAUGUAAUCAACCACAGCAACAGCAGCUGAGCAAUGGUACAGCUGCCAUACGCUACAAUCAACCGUCAGUGGUUGCUGCUGGUGCUGCUGCUGGUGGUUUUGCUGCUGCUGGUGAAUUGCGACGCACUAAAUCGGGACACUCGUUGGCGGUGCCCAAGUUGUAUGAGGCGGGCAUUGCCAAAGAGCAGGUGGGUCAAAAGCAGCGCACUGUCGCUGCCUAUUUCUCUGGCCAAAAGUCACCCACUGGCAAUGGACAGCUGGAGGAGUUGCGCACCACAACAACCACAAGCACAACGACAACGCAACGCAAAUCGGCAAUUAAUCGCACCAAAACAAGUGAAAAACUAUCGGCUGCACGCAAAUCGUUAAGUUCAUUGAAUUCAACAUCGAAUGGUAAUGUGUCGACAGCGGGUCUGUAUCGUGUUGGUGGUGCAAUAGCUGGUGGUGCUGCUGCUGCUGCUGGUGGUAUUGGUGGUGGCGGUGGUUUAAGUCGCAGUGCAACAAUGCCACACAUAGCGCAUCUCAAUUUGUUGGACGAGAGCAAUGUGGAAGAUGCAUUCGAGCAAUUAAUGCUGGCACAACACAAGCAACAAAGCUCAACGACCAGUGAACGCACCGAGACAAAGUCAAAGGAUGGCGGCGCAGUUGUCACCACAACAACAACAAAAGUUACCACACGCACUGUGAGCGGCAGCGCUGCCUCCAAGAAUAUUUCGCCGCUGGCCAAAUUUAAGCAGCUCGAUAAAGCAGCUGCCCAGCAGCAGGCUCAAAAAUCAUCUCCAACAACAAGCACACCCACGACCCCCGGCGGUUCAGCACAACCGUAUUUCAAAUUUACCGAUCCGGCAUUAAAUGCACGCGCCGCCACUGUCAAGGAUCAACUUCUACAGUGGUGUCAGCACAAAACGCAGGAAUAUGAGAACGUCCAAAUAAGCAACUUUAGCUCGAGCUGGUCAGACGGCUUGGCCUUUUGUGCGCUGAUACAUCAUUUCUUGCCAGAUGCAUUUGAUUAUAGUAAACUAACCAAACAAACUCGCCGACACAAUUUCGAAGUAGCCUUCAGCGUUGCUGACGAAAAAGCUGGAAUUGCGCCUUUACUGGAUGUGGAAGAUAUGGUGGAGAUGAGUCGACCCGAUUGGAAGUGCGUCUUUGUCUAUGUGCAGAGUAUCUAUCGUCGUUUUCGCAAUUGCCAGUAAACCAGAAGAAGAAGAAGCAGCCACAGAAAAACAACAGCACGUGCUAGGCCACAACAACCACAACAACAACAACUACACAUCUAUUCAUUAAAUCAUAAGCAAGUCUAUCCCAAAAAAAAAAACCGAAUAUAAUAAUAAUGUUUAUGUAUAACUUUUGGCAUUUUGUGUUGAAACACAUCUAAUAACUGAUAUACCCCACAAAUGGCAGGCUCGUCUAAUAAUUGAACAGCAAGAACAUUUCUACGUUUUUUUUGUCUUUGUUUAUCAUUAUUAUCUUUUCUUAUUUUUUUUUUUUUUGUGUAAUACUAUUACUAUUAUUAUUAUAUUAUUAUUUGUUAUUGAACUUAAAAAAAAAAAAAAAAAAACUAUGCAAUAAUUGUUGAUUUUUUUGUCAUAAUUUUAAAUAUAAAGAAAAGGAAAAAAACAAGACGCAAACUUUACUAACCCCGCUGAGUUGAAGAUGAAGAUUAUACGAUUUAAACGAGUAUAAAUUAUACAUUAUAUAUACACAACUUGAAGCGAGCGAAAUUACGAGCAAAUUACUAACUCGCAGCAGCGGCAAGCGAUAUGCGAUAUCAAAAUAAAAAUAUAAAUAAAAAAUGUAUCUACAGCUAAUAUUAACAU